AUGGAUCCGAAGGUUGGGCUACCUGUUCAAACAGAAGACUUUCUGAAUAUACAAUUCAAAGGAUUUCGGGGUCGAACUCAUAUUUUUCAUGAUUUCACAAUGGGUGAUCUACCAUUUAUGAACCCAUAUGAUUGGAUUUCUUUAUUGUACAUUGCUGCAAAAGAUGUGAAGAAGUUCGUGCCAAUUUAUGAAUACUUGAGAAGGAUGAUCAAAUGUUACAUCCUGGAGAUGGCGAAGAUGGAUGUGGAAAUUAUGUUUGUUCUUAAAAGAAAACCUACAUUGACGCUUGUUGAUCAACCUCAAAACAUUGAAAACCUGAAGGGAGGAUUGUCUAACAAGAAACACUAG